CCUACCGGAAGCGACCGAACGCCUCGAGACAUCGGGACCGUUAUGCCGAUCGGCUUAACCUGACAGCUGCAGGGUGUUUUAAUGUGAGAGGGCGCAUUUGCUAGUCCGCUCCAGGAAAGUUGUUAUGAGAAUCUGCGGGUUUGGAACUUUGCAGGAUAAAGAAACUUUCUUCAGAAUGCUCAGUGGAGGAGAAUGAUUGCUGGAAUUCUACGGUCAAUUUUGUAACUGUUUCUGUUUUAGGAACAAGAACAGAAUUGUCAGAACCAUAUGGACAUCAGUCUGUGUAGAAUAUCCGAAAGACAUCAGUGUAAGGAUUUGUGGACGUUAUAGGACAUUUGAAGGAUUUGUAGAUUAUCUGAUGACACAAAUAAGUUUUACUUUUCUCUCCGUUGGUGUGGAUUUUCCGCCUUAUGCUUCAAUACUAACCUGGAAACGACCUGUUUUUGUAAAGGAGGACGUCUUCCAUUUCUUUCCGUUCCCAUCAAAUGCAAAUGCGGACUUGCACCUUCGACCGCUUAAAAGUCAGGGUAGGCUAGUCUAGUUUGGCUGCCGGUAGCCUACUUCGAUCCACUACAGCUGUCGCAGGAUGAGCAUGAAAGUUUUUACCUCUCCGUAUCGCUCCCGACCCUCUACAACAAGAUCAAGAGCAUGAUGGCAACUUCAAGUCUAUGUAAACACAAGAUCCUGCGUGCAUGAGGGAUCGGCACGUCCCGUGAAAAGCACCAUGUCAGCAGGAGAGCUGAUUGAGUUGCAGGACCUGAGGGCAGACGACCGCAUCGAGCUGACCCUGCCUUCCACCCCACGCACCGCACGCCUGGAGCGGGUCAACGCCGUGCGUCUGAGCCCCGGGAGGGUUCCGGAGCUCCUGAGCCGCGUGCGGAUCAUCAGGCUGCUGGGGGGCAUUGCCGCAGACCCCCAGCCCGGGGAGGGCACCCAGGUCGAGAUCAGGGUAGCCGAUCCGAAGUUAGUGGAGGAGGUGGGCGAGGGCCAUGACUUCCAGCCGUGCAGCCACACACAGCCCACCUGGUGCGACCUGUGCGGAGACUUCAUCUGGGGCCUGUACAAGCAAAGUCUUCGCUGUGUUAAUUGCAGAUUCACAUGCCACUACCGGUGCCGCGCACUCAUCAAAUUGGACUGCAGUUUGGAUGAGGGUUCCGUGGCUGACCAAGCAACUGUGACAGAGGAGGACACCAUAGAAUCAGACACAAAUGUGGAUGAGCAGACUGAAGGAUGGGUAAAGCAGGAGUUGUCUACUGCAGAAAUCCAAAAGAAGGUGAAGGAGUACAAUGCCCAGAUCAACAGCAACCUCUUCAUGACUUGGAACAAAGAUGGCUCGUACACAGGCUUCAUCAAGGUCCAUCUGAAGCUGGUGCGCCCAGUGUCUGUGCCCCCUCCCAGGAAGGGCUCGUCUGCUCAGGAUGCCCCUGGCCGUGGUAAGCCGGCCGCUGGGAGCGCCCUGAAGCGCCGCACCUCCUUCUACCUGCCCAAGGACACGGCCAAGCACCUGCACAUCAGUGCGCGCACCAGCUCCCGCGAGGUCAUCCAGGCCCUGCUCAAGAAGUUCACUGUGCUGGACAACCCGGCCAAGUUUGCCUUGUUUGAGCGCAGUGAGCGCCAUGACCAAGUGUACCUGCGUAAGCUGUCAGACGAUGAGUGUCCUCUUCGCCUGCGUUUGUGUGCUGGACCCAACGAAAAGGUGCUGAGCCUGGUGUUGAAGGAGAACGAGACUGGAGAGGUCAAUUGGGAUGCCUUCUCUUCUCCCGAGCUUUCAAAUUUCCUCCGUAUGCUGAAGCGUGAGGAAGAGGAGCAUGUGAAGCAGAUUAUACUGCGCUACACUCGAGCUCGCGAACGCCUCCAGGAAGCCCUGUCCAGCUCCACGCCAGGUUGAUGGGGCCCCUCCCUGCCCAUCCCAGCUCUGCCUGGGACCACCUGCACUGUUGACCUGCUGCCACUAGGUGGCUCUUGUGUCACCGCUGCAUCCAAAGACCCCGGCGACGACGUGGACAGGCCUUCACUCCCCCCCAACUCUCUGUCAGCAGAGAGGAUUGACAAAAACGAGGGAAUGUGUGUGUGAGUGAACAAUAGCGCGAGAGCAAAAUCAGUUGUGCCUUAGACCUAGUGAGAGUGAGUUGCGCCUGGAGGAGCGUGUGAAUGAACGAGUGACAAAGAACGGAUGGGAGAAGAAAACAGACGUCUCAGAAACCUGAGCCUGUAUGAACUGAGAGCGUACGGAGAGCGUGCAGUGAGCAUGUGAGAAAUCAGCAGCGUGAGGGACUGCUGUUCUGGUCUGAUUGGUGGUGGAGUCUAUCCACCCCAUCAGCUUUGCAUGUGUCAUUUCCUCAUAUGAGUUGUGUGCUCAUGAGAAAAUGGCUUGUUUGUCAGUGUAUAUGUUUGUUUGUCUGUUUUACAUGUUGAGUAUGUGUUACUUUCUGAAUGAUUGCGAUUUUGUAUUUAAAAAUGUUAAUAGCUGAGGCAAGUUCUUCUGUUAAGAUUUUCCUCAGUAGCCUACACAGAUUAUAUGACAGCCUUUUACACAGUUCAAAAUAGACACGCACAUUGGAAUAAAUUAACACAUAUCGAUAAAUACAUUCCAUAGAUACUUUUGUUGACAUAGGUAAAAUUGAGAAGUUGCUAAAAAAAAAACUACAUCAAACUUGAGAAUUUGCUUAAAAAAAAACUACAUCAAACUGUUCAAUAAAAAAAUAUUUA